AUGGGCGGAUUUACGCGCGUGCUGCACACGGGGAAGGAAGACGAGCUUAUGGAUGAAAUCCCGACCUUCGUCGUCAAUCCGCUGCCCCCGCAACAACAAACGGACUAUGUGGUUCUGAAUCGACCAUACGCGUUCGUGCAGUGGAUUCAGCAAGCCACGUUUCCUGAAGAGUACGUGUGGAUGGCAGAGCCAGACCAUUUAAUUCUGCGCCCCAUCCCCAACCUCUCAGUGGGUGACAUGCCCUCCGCCUUCCCCUUCCAUUACAUCGAGCCUGCCAAGAAUAAAGGCUCCUCACAGGUUGGUGACAUGCCUUCCGCCUUCCCCUUCCAUCACAUCGAAUCUGCCAAGCACAAAGUUGAAGGGAGGCGUUUGCAGGGCUGA